AUGGAAGCGCUCGCUCAUUACAAGAUGGCGUUUCCACAGAUGCACCCGAGCUUCGUCCGCCACGUGAUAGGAUGUGCGGUUCGAGCUCGGGAAGAGGGCGUCUCGUUCGGUGUUCGAGAUUUGAGAAAGCUUUUCUCGGUGAAGAACAACACCAGGCUACCCGGGUCGUUUUACUCCUCGCCGAGGCCGAAUCGGCGAAUAUUCACGAACACCCCGCAGAGGGAUAGCGGGUGGAGUGACGAGAUGUUCUUCUUCCGGGUCAGCGAGGCCACGAUGGGCGACUUCGACUUUGGUCGAAUCCGAACGGAGUGGGCGACUAGCGUUGUUGUAGAUCCAGUACCGAACAACCCGGGGAUUGAUUACCUCGUCGAGCGACUCGGAAGGGAAAAGGUGAACUGGAGUACUUUUACUCCGGAACGGAUCCGUCGUGUUCUCAGCUCUCCUCCUGCUCCUCCUCCAGAUCGGCGCAAGAUUCUAGCUCCGCUUCUUCUGUUCCUCCUCUCUACACGCAGAUCGAAAAUGCCUCGUCGUCAGCCUCUCAGAUCCCGGACCGCAAAGGGUGCCAAAGGCGCUUCCUCGGGUGGAAGUCGAGUUCGUGCCGGCGAGUUCGUAACGGCGGUGGAGGAGGCUAUGGCUUCGAAGCCCACGGCGGGGUCUUCUGCCCUUGCCGACCAGGUGGUUGACCAGGUCGACGCGACCGCUGAAGGAGAGAUCGUUCCUCUCCCGAGUACGGUUCAUGUGAGCUCCGAUCGGACUCGGAGUUCGGAUCAAGGUCACUCGAGGCAGGCGUCGAAGCGAGCUCGGAGUGACGAUGGAGAGGCUCGUUCUCGCGAGGGCGGUCCGACUGCCUCGAACGGGAGCGGGGGAAAGCCGCCGUUCUACUGGCAGUACGAGAAUUCCAGAGGCUUCCCCGUUCAGGACGACGAGGAGGGAACAGCUCGCAUUCAGCUCCACUUCAAGCCCGUCGGAUGCCGGCUCCCGUCCCUGAACCAGAUGUCUGAGAAGGAGCUCUACAUCGCGACGUGCGCUGCGAGCGGGAGGGCUGUGGCAGCUCGUAACAUGUUGGUGUCCCGCCUGGAGUCGAGGAUCAGAGAUGCGCCUCAGCAGAAAGAGCUCGAUCAGGUGAAGGAGCUCGUUGCCAAGUUGACCUCCGAUCUCUCUGCGGCGAACGAGCGGGUAGCUCGUCAGGGUGAGCUCUUGAAGAAACACACCUCGCAAGAGGGUCGUGUGAAAGAGCUCGAGACCAGGGAGGCCGAUCUCUUGCGCCAGCUGUCCCAGAAUCAGGAGCAGAUGGCGGCUUUGCAGAAGGAGAGCUCGAGUGCGCUGACGCAGUCGCUUCGCCUUAGCAGGGAGAACCAGGCAAAGUUCGAGGAGAAGAGGGUGGAGGGUGAGAAGGAGGGCGAUCAGAUCGAACUCCAGUCCAACAUCGAUCUCCUUACGUCGCUGAUCUCCGGUGCGAUCAACCAGGAGGAAGAGCUCGCCAGGUUGAAGGGGCUCGAAGAUGAGGUGGCCGAAGCAGCCAAGGCGGCCCAAGUCUCCGAUUUCUCGAUCGGGAAGUUUAACCUUCCCGUGGUUUCGGAGGACUCGGUCGCGCGCAUGGAGAUCGACCCAUCGACGAGCAUCCCGGUUGGCUUGAACCCGUUCGGGACGAAUGCCGAAGAGAAGGGAAGCAACGAGGAGGAAGAGAAGGAAGAUGAAGAGAUGACCGUUGUUUCGAUUUCGGAUUUCUCCAAAAACUCUUUCAACCUCUUUUUCCUCCGUCUCUUCCUCCGACUAUCAUGCCUCCGAAGAAUCGUCAAGCAAGAGAAGGGAAAGGCCGUCGACCUCGGCGGUGACGGGAAAUUCACGCCGCACGCCGAGACGACGCUCGACGCCGAAAGCCUCGACACCUUCCGGCAGGAUUUCGGGAUCCCGGAUGAGAUCGAACUCGUUCUCCCGGCUGAGGGAGAGGACCCGGAGCAUGUCCGUCCGGGGUUUUGCUGCGCCUAUACGUCGUAUUGGCGGAGCGCCGGGAUGAUUUUCCCGGUCCCUCGUUUUCUGAUGGAAGCGCUCGCUCAUUAUAAGAUGGCGUUUCCACAGAUGCACCCGAGCUUCGUCCGCCACGUGAUAGGAUGUGCGGUUCGAGCUCGGGAAGAGGGCGUCUCGUUCGGUGUUCGAGAUCUGAGAAAGCUUUUCUCGGUGAAGAACAACACCAGGCUUUCCGGGUCGUUUUACUCCUCGCCGAGGCCGAAUCGGCGAAUAUUCACGAACACCCCGCAGAGGGAUAGCGGGUGGAGUGACGAGUGUUCUUCUUCCGGGUCAGCGAGGCCACGAUGGGCGACUUCGACUUUGGUCGAAUCCGAACGAUGGGCGACUAGCGUUGUCGUAGAUCCAGUACCGAACAACCCGGGGAUUGAUUACCUCGUCGAGCGACUCGGAAGGGAAAAGGUGAACUGGAAUACUUUUACUCCGGAACGGAUCCGUCGAGUUCUCAGCUCUCCUCCUGCUCCUCCUCCAGCUGAUCUUCCGGUUAGAUCGGCGCAAGAUUCUAGCUCCGCUUCUUCUGUUCCUCCUCUCUCACGCAGACCGAAAAUGCCUCGUCGUCAGCCUCUCAGAUCCCGGACCGCAAAGGGUGCCAAGGCGCUUCCUCGGGUGGAAGUCGAGUCGACGCGACCGCUGAAGGAGAAUCGUUCCUCUCCCGAGUACGGUUCAUGUGAGCUCCGAUCGGACUCGGAGUUCGGAUCAAGGUCACUCGAGGCAGCGCCGAAGCGAGCUCGGAGUGACGAUGGAGAGACUCGUUCUCGCGAGGGCGGCCCGACUGCCUCGAACGGGAGCGGGGGAAAGCCGCCGUUUUACUGGCAGUACGAGAACUCCAGAGGCUUCCCCGUUCAGGACGACGAGGAGGGAACAGCUCGCAUUCAGCUCCACUUCAAGCCCGUCGGAUGCCGGCUCCCGUCCCUGAACCAGAUGUCUGAGAAGGAGCUCUACAUCGCGACGUGCGCUGCGAGCGGGAGGGCUGUGGCAGCUCGUAACAUGUUGGUGUCCCGCCUGGAGUCGAGGAUCAGAGACGCGCCUCAGCAGAAAGAGCUCGAUCAGGUGAAGGAGCUCGUUGCCAAGUUGACCUCCGAUCUCUCUGCGGCGAACGAGCGGGUAGCUCGUCAGGGUGAGCUCUUGAAGAAACACACCUCGCAGGAGGGUCGUGUGAAAGAGCUCGAGACCAGGGAGGCCGAUCUCUUGCGCCAGCUGUCCCAGAAUCAGGAGCAGAUGGCGGCUUUGCAGAAGGAGAGCUCGAGUGCGCUGACGCAGUCGCUUCGCCUUAGCCGGGAGAACCAGGUACUCGUCGCCGAGAAGGACAACAUAGCUCGCCGUGCCAACCGCGCAGGUCGGAGGGAGAUGGUCGCGAAGCAUCGGGAAGUGCUUGAAUCGGCUAAGGCAAAGUUCGAGGAGAAGAGGGUGGAGGGUGAGAAGGAGGGCGAUCAGAUCGAACUCCAAUCCAACAUCGAUCUCCUUACGUCGCUGAUCUCCGGUGCGAUCAACCAGGAGGAAGAGCUCGCCAGGUUGAAGGGGCUCGAAGAUGAGGUGGCCGAAGCAGCCAAGGCGGCCCAAGUCUCCGAUUUCUCGAUCGGGAAGUUUAACCUUCCCGUGGUUUCGGAGGACUCGGUCGCGCGCAUGGAGAUCGACCCAUCGACGAGCAUCCCGGUUGGCUUGAACCCGUUCGGGACGAAUGCCGAAGAGAAGGGAAGCAACGAGGAGGAAGAGAAGGAAGAUGAAGAGAUGACCGUCGAGGACUGA